GACUCGAUCCCAGCAGAUUCCAAAAAAGCUGAAUGACCGCCUCUCGGCGAAGACGUGCCGCGACGCACCGGUGGCCACGCGGCGCGGGACGGUGGCCACGUGGUGCGCCGACGACAGCGGGCGAGAGCGGAGCGGGUUCGCGGGCGACAGCGGCGACGGACGUGGUGCGGCGACGGACGGGGUGAAGCUGCGGGGG